UGGGCAGGCGACGGCGACGGCGUCGGAACUCGCUGGAAGAUCGGCCCCGGCGGCUCAACAGUUCCCAAAGUCCGGGCUCGCGGCCGCGCGGCUCCGUCUGUGCCCGGGCGGUGCAGGGGCGCGGGGGUCCCCGGGCGGCCGCAUCCCGGGGCUGCCCCGGACAUGCCCCGCUUCCCGUGCCGGACGCCCGCGCGGCUCCACCGGCUGCGGUUCGGGGGGCUCUGGGACUAGAGCACCUCCAUCCCAACUUAUGAUUUUGGGGUCCCCCAGCCCGAGAGGAACGGGCGGCCUGGCUGGGGGAGCCCCGGGCCUGGUGUGACGGGGCGGUCAGCUUUGCCGCGCCCCCCACUCCAGCCAUCUCUGUGCCCUGCAGAAUGUAACUGCUCUCUCUGCGUCCCCCCGGACUCCAGCCGCAGUCUCCGCGACCUCCCGCUCCCGCCGCCAACCCGUGCCACCCGGGAUCCCGUCGCCGCGCCUGCCUUGCCCGGACACCCGCCGCCGUCUCUGCACCCGCGGACUCCAGUUUCGCGACCCCCUCCGUCUUCGCGCGCCUGGGACUCUAAGCAGAGGUCUUCUCGAUCCCCCCCCUAGGAUUCAGACACUGCUCCCGCACCCCCAAGCCCGGACUCCAGUCGUCGUCCUCGGGGGGGGCCCCCCACCCCGCCCCCAAACCCAGACGCCAGCCGCGACCUCCGUGCUCCCCGGGAUCCCGCUGUCGCCCCGGCGCCGGCGAGGGCAGCCGCUGCCCCACCACGCGCCCCGAGUCCGCCCGGCCCUCGGCGGGGAGAUGAACGCGCAGCUGGACGGCCUGUCGGUGAGCUCGUCCUCCACCGGCUCGCUGGGCUCGGCGGCCCGGGCGGGCGGCGGGGGGCACGCGGGGCUCCGACUGCUGUCCGGGAACGUGCGCCAGCUGCACCAGGCGCUGACCGCGCUGCUGAGCGAGGCGGAGCGGGAGCAGUUCACGCACUGCCUGAACGCCUACCACGCGCGCCGCAACGUCUUCGACCUGGUGAGCACCCUGCGCGUGCUGCUGGACAGCCCGGUCAAGCGGCGCCUGCUGCCCAUGCUGCGGCUGGUCAUCCCGCGCUCCGACCAGCUGCUCUUCGACCAGUACACCGCCGAGGGCCUCUACCUGCCCGCCACCGCCCCCUACCGGCAACCCGCGUGGGGCGGCCCCGACGGCGCGGGGCCAGGGGAGGUGCGCCUGGUGAGCCUGAGGCGCGCCAAGGCCCAUGAAGGCUUGGGCUUCAGCAUCCGCGGGGGCUCGGAGCAUGGCGUGGGCAUCUACGUGUCGCUGGUGGAGCCAGGCUCCCUGGCUGAGAAGGAAGGACUGAAAGUCGGGGACCAGAUUCUGCGAGUCAACGACAAAUCCCUGUCCCGGGUGACCCACGCUGAGGCCGUCAAGGCGCUCAAGGGCUCCAAGAAGCUGGUGAUGUCGGUGUACUCGGCGGGGCGCAUCCCCGGGGGCUACGUCACCAACCACAUCUACACCUGGGUGGACCCGCAGGGCCGCAGCAUCUCCCCGCCCGCCAGCCUGCCCCGGCCCCACGGCGGUGCCCUGCGGCCGCGCGAGGGGGACCGGAGGAGCGCCCUGCACCUGCUGCAAGGCGGGGAUGAGAAAAAGGUGAACCUGGUGCUGGGGGACGGCCGGUCCCUGGGCCUCACCAUCCGCGGGGGAGCAGAGUACGGCCUCGGCAUCUACGUCACCGGCGUGGACCAGGGCUCUGAAGCAGAAAGCAGCGGGCUCAAGGUCGGGGACCAGAUUCUGGAGGUGAACGGGAGGAGCUUUCUCAACAUCCUGCACGACGAGGCGGUCAGGCUGCUCAAGUCAUCCCAGCACCUCAUCCUGACGGUGAAGGACGUGGGGAGGCUGCCCCACGCCCGCACCACCGUGGACGAGACCAAGUGGAUCGCCAGUUCCCGGAUUGGAGACCCCACCACAAACUCAGCAGGGUUUCCUGGGGAUCCCACCACAGAAGGGGCAGACAAGCUGGGAUUUUACAAGGGGCCGGCCGGCUCCCAGGUCACCCUGAGCAGCCUGGGCAACCAGACGCGCGUGCUGCUGGAGGAGCAGGCGCGGCACCUGCUGAAUGAGCAGGAGCGCGCCACCAUGGCCUACUACCUGGAGGAGUACCGCGGCGGCAGCGUCUCCGUGGAGGCCCUGGUCAUGGCCCUGUUCGAGCUGCUCAACACCCACGCCAAGUUCUCACUCCUCUCUGAGGUGAGAGGCACCAUUUCCCCCCAAGACCUGGACCGCUUUGAUCACCUGGUGCUGAGGAGGGAGAUCGAGUCGAUGAAGGCGCGGCAGCCACCCGGCCCUGGGCCCGGUGACACCUACUCCAUGGUCUCCUACAGUGACACAGGCUCGUCCACAGGCAGCCACGGCACCUCCACCACCGUCAGCUCGGCCAGGGAGCGGCUGCUGUGGCUUAUAGACCUGAUGGAGAACACUCUGGACCUGGAGGAAACGGGCCAGGCCGUCCAGGGCAAUAUGAACGCCCUCCCAGAUGUUUCCCUGGAUGAAGUCAAGUCCACGGCCGAGGGGCUGCCUGGCUACAAGCUGCCUCCUCCCCCACCACCUCUCGCCCAGCCGAAGAAGCUCGGAAGUCAGGACCAAAAGCCACCUUCCUCCGCCUCUUCCCACUCGGGCAUCGUCUUCUCGGCUCCGCAGAACCGCAGCCCGCCGGCUGGCACCGCACCCACCCCAGAGGCCCCCUCAGCGCAAGACUCGCCCUCCUCCCCCAUCUACGCCUCCAUCUCCCCCGCCAACCCUGGCGCCAAGCGGCCCCUGGAUGCCCAUCUGGCCCUGGUCAACCAGCACCCCAUUGGUCCCUUCCCACGGGUCCAGUCACCCCCGCACCUGAGAAGUCCCCCCGCAGAGACCACGCUGGCUGGGGGCUGCCUCCCACCACCCUCCCCCUCGGGGCGCCCAGACCAGACAGGCACAAACCAGCACUACGUCAUGGUGGAGGUGCACCGCCCGGACAGCGAGCCCGACGUGAACGAAGUGAGGGCGCUGCCCCAGGCUCGCACAGCCUCCACACUCUCUCAGCUCUCGGACAGUGGGCAGACUCUGAGUGAGGACAGUGGUGUGGACGCUGGCGAGGUGGAGGCCAGCGCCCCUGGCCGAGGCAGACAGAUGGCGUCCACCAAAAGCAGGAGUAGCAAGGACCCACCUCGGAACGAGAGGAGCACAGAGGGGGCAACCAAACCGCCUGGACUCUUGGAGCCCACAUCCACCCUGGUCCGAGUGAAAAAAAGUGCGGCCACCCUGGGCAUCGCCAUCGAGGGUGGCGCCAACACCCGCCAGCCGCUGCCCAGGAUCGUCACUAUUCAGCGAGGCGGCUCGGCCCACAACUGUGGGCAGCUGAAGGUGGGCCACGUGAUCCUGGAGGUGAAUGGGCUGACGCUGCGGGGCAAGGAGCACCGGGAAGCCGCGCGCAUCAUCGCCGAGGCCUUCAAGACCAAGGAGUGUGACUACAUCGACUUUCUGGUCACCGAGUUCAAUGUGAUGCUCUAGGGGCCGAGGCCUGAGCGCCUCCCACCGCUGUCCAGCCCCUGGCGCGGACCCUCUUCCCUCUUGGCACUGUGACGCUCCCUGAGGGCCCAGGGCUGCAUGGCCAGGGUAGCAGGAAGACACCCCCACUCCCUCCGGGCCCGCUGGACCAGAACCGGGAGCGGAGGCAAAGCAAACAGGAGGUCAGGUCAGGUCAGGUCAGGAUCUGGUGCCGCGCCCGGCGCACAGAAGGCACUCACCCCAAGUGUGGCUUCAGGAAGGGGAAGGACACAGUGUCUUGGCAUGUCCACCUGCCGUCUGCCAGGGCCUGCUCCUCUGGGUUGUGUCGGGGGCACUGUGCCCCUGGCCACCUAGGACCUGGCCCAUCUCCAGAUGCCUUGGCUUUGUCUAGAGCAGCGGUUCUCAACCUGUGGGUCGCGACCCCUGAAAAUACAUCCUGCAUAUCAGAUAUUUACAUGACGAUUCAUAACAGCAGCAAAAUUACAGUUAUGAAGUAGCAACAAAAAUAAUUUUAUGGUUGGGGGUCACCACAACAUGAGGAACUGUAUUAAAGGGUCGCGGCAUUAGGAAGGUUGAGAGUGAGGUCACAUGAGAAUUCAUGGACAUGGCCCCCAGCCAGGGGGCAUCUUGCAGGACCUUUAGUGCCACAAAUAAGCAUCAAGCACCCCCUUCCCAUUUACCCCCCAUUCCUCCGAGCUCCUUGUUCCCCAUGGUAUUUAUUAUUUAUUUCCCCCUCCACACCCUGGGGACCCAAGACCCCAGCUCCCCACCGCACCCCCUGCCUAUCCCAGAGGCCUUGCAGGUGACCAGCGACGUCAGUGUAUUUAUAUACAGAGCUUAUGACUUUAAUUUUUCAAUAAAGAGAUCUGAACAAG